AUGCUGCCGUACCUGUUCCCUGAGCUGUCCACCUUUGCUACAGUCGCCGAUCUUAUCACUCACCUUCGCACUAGUGAUGCUCGCCUGCGUGCCGCCCUUCCCACCGAGUUCUGCGCUAAGAAUCCCCCUCCCCUGUACUGGACACUCCACUUCAUAGUCACCCGUCUCCCUGACACCCUCAGCUCAGUUCGAGACCACUUCCUUGCUCGCUGUCCCACUGAGCUCACAGUCGCCCUCCUAGAGGAGCAGCUGCUAGCGGCCGAAAAGAGCAUUGUAGCUGUCGGUGCUGCUCGUGGCGCUCCUCGCACCCCCAUCUUUGAGGGGUGUUCUCCCUCUCCCCUCGCUCCCUCCUACGCUACUGCUGCUGCUGUUGACUUCCUUGGUGCUGACUCCCAGCAGCAGCAGCGUCCCCAGACGACCCAACAGCUUCGUGAGUGGCUUGCUCAGCGUGGGACGUCGGGGGGCAGUGGCCGCUGUUCCUAUGUCAUUCGCACAGGUGACCGCAAGGGACAGACGUGUGGGAGGUUCCACACCCCGUACCGCUGCUUCUCCCGCCUUGACGACGCUUGGCGUGAGGAGAUGGGCGAGGAUGUUGAGCGCCCCCGCUGGGCUGAGCUCAUGAGGGCUGGUGUUGAUAUCUUUGCUCUUGACUAUGAUGCUAUUAUUGCUGCCAUGUAUGCAUUGACUGUUAGUGCCGAGGGAGACUGUUACUUGUGUGUGCCGCCUGACCCAGGUAUAGAGCCCGCUGCCCUGGGUACUAGUGAGUCUGCUCUCUCUGGUAUGGUGCCCCCUGUACUUGCUCCCUCCAGUGCUGUCCCGGCUGUUUGCGAGUCUGCUCUCUCAGGUACAGCACCCACAGAGACUGCUCUCUCAGGUACCGCACCGGCUGAGGCCUGUCACACCUUCACCCUUGACUCAGUCCUUGCCCAGUCCACCACUGUGCUCCCUUGUCCGGCGGUUCCGUCUGGCUCGUUGUCGGGUUUCCACCUCCCCUCGUUCUCGACGAACCUGGUGAGCAACGCUGUCAUCCAGGAUCAGUGGGUUGACACCUUUACCCCUGGAGGACAGCGUGUGGCGAUCUGCACGUGCUCCAGGACCGGCCGUCACCUGGCUACGUUUACCCGUCGGCCGGGGUCGAGUCUCUACACACUGACCACUGCGUCUCCUCAGGUUGCUGCUGUCGGUCAGGUGUCCGCGUCAGGUCUGGUGGCCCACGCCUCCCGCGUUCGUGGCCAGGGCGGUGAGCGGUACUUUUUGCUGGUUGUCGACGACUACUCGCGUUACACCACGGUCUUCCCCUUGCGCACCAAGGGUGAGGUCCCUGCUGUUCUGAUCCCUUGGAUCCGCACAGUUUGUCUCCAGCUCCGCCGCCGUUUCCGGACGGAUCUUCCUGUCCUGCGUCUGCACUCUGACAGAGGUGGUGAGUUUUCCUCCGAUCUCUUGAGGACCUUCUGUCAGGCGGAGGGCAUCGAGCAGACCUUCACGCUUCCGGACUCCCCACAGCAGAAUGGGGUUGCUGAGCGCCGCAUUGGCCUGGUCAUGGAGGUCGCUCGUACCUCCUUGGUCCACGCGGCGGCUCCCCAUUUUCUGUGGCCGUUUGCUGUCCGGUACGCCGCGCAUCAGCUCAACCUCUGGCCCCGUGUCUCCUUGCCGGAGACCUCGCCCACACUGCGUUGGACGGGGGAGGUUGGCGAUGCGUCGCGCUUCCGGGUGUGGGGUGCUCGUGCCCUUGUCCGCGAUACGUCCGCGGACAAGCUCUCCUCCCGCACGCUUCCUUGUGUCUUCCUUGGCUUUGUCCCUGACGCGCCGGGCUGGCAGUUUUACCACCCCACCUCGCGCCGGGUCUUCGCCUCUCAGGACGUCACCUUUGACGAGUCGGUGUCUCUCAGGUAG